AUGGCAUCCUCCUCAUCCUCCUCCUCCGCUGCGUACAACCCCCCCUGCGCAGCGUGCAAGUUCCUCCGCCGCAAGUGCACGAAGGAGUGCGUCUUCUCUCCCUAUUUCCCGCCGGAAGAGCCCCAAAAAUUCGCGGCCGCAGAAGCCCGCGUCAGGGACCCAGUCUACGGCUGCGUCCCCGCCAUCUCAUACCUCCACCGCCAGGUCGACCGCCUCCAGAAGGAACUCGACUCCGCCAACGCCGCCCUAAUCCGCCUCGCCGGCGGGCCUCCGCCGCCGCCCCAUAAUGGUAAUCAUUACUAUCACCGUCCGCCAUGGGGAGGCGGUGGGUUUUAUAAUGACCCUAAUAAUGGAGGAUGA